AUGGAGUUCAAAGAGGCUGUGCGUGAAUAUUGUAUACAGGAGGGUCGGAGGAUUUGGUUUAAAAAGAAUGAUAAUGUAAGGAUGAGAGCAGUGUGUAAGGAUGAGAACUGUGGAUGGCUUGUCUAUGCUGCUAACAACACUGAGAACAAUUACUGGCAGAUCAAGAUGUUCAAUGAUGAUCACACUUGUGCAAGGGAAACCAAAAAUAGGUUGGCUAAUAUGAAGUGGCUGGCGGGGAAAUUGGUAAAGAAGCUACGAAAAUAUCUUAACUUAAGACACUGUGAGGCUGCUCAGUACUUUAAGACAAAAUGUGACUUGGAACUAAGCAAGUGUUCACUGACUAGGGCCUUAGGAGAUGCUAGGGCUGUUGUGUAUGGUGAUGCUGCUGCCCAGUAUGGGAUGGUAAGGGAUUAUGGGCUAACACUGCUUAGGAGUAACCCAGGCUCUACUGUCACAGUUGGAGUUAUCCCUCAGCCCAACCCUGAUGAUGAACCAAUAUUUGAAAAGAUGUACAUCUGCUUGGAUGCCUGUAAGAAGGGAUUUUUGGCUGGCUGCAGACCGCUCAUAGGCUUGGAUGGAACUUUUCUGAAGACCCAGCAUGGUGGCCAGAUCUUGUCUACAAUUGGACAAGAUGCAAACAAUCACAUAUAUGUGAUUGCAUAUGCAAUUGUCCCUAUUGAAAAUACUGAAAACUGGAGGUGGUUCUUGGAAUUACUUCAUCAAGACUUGGGAGAUUAUAAGCAAAACAAGCUCUGUUUCAUUUCAGAUAUGCAGAAGGGCCUAAUCCAUGCUGUUAAGGAAGUUUUUCCUGGUGUCCAUCACAGAUUCUGUGUUUGGCACUUAUGGAAGAACUUUAACAAGCAGUGGAAAGAUCUCCAGUUGAGAGGGUUGCUAUGGGAGUGUGCAAGGUGCACCAGCCAAGAUGGGUUCCUAGAGAGUAUAAAAAAGAUUGAGAGGGUUAACAAGGAAGCUUGGGAGUAUUUGAACAAGUGGCCUAGACACUCUUGGAGCCGGGCUUUCUUCAGCAACGCACCUAAAAUAGACAAUAUCUGCAACAAUGCUUGUGAAGUCUUCAACUCAAGGAUCAAAGAAGCUAGAGCCAAACCUAUCAUUACACUGUUAGAGGAAGUCAGACUAUAUGCAAUGAGGUCAAUCGCUAGGAACAAAGUGAAGCUUAAUUCCAACACUGGUAUUCUACCUAUGAGGUGGCUGCUGCUACUGCUAAGGCUGCUGCUGCAGAGGCUGCAACUGUCUAACCUCCAGCUGCUAAUGGUGGUGAAGCCAGCGUUGUCUCAGAAGCCCCCACCGAAAUUCAACUUGAAGCCAGUCUUGCCUCCUCCUGUGAGGCCACCAAAACUGCCUCCCAAGAGAAAGUCAUGCAAACAAGAAAAGGCAACUCCAGGAAGCAGCUUUCAAGCAGCAACCUCUCCAUCUGCUCCCAUCCCACCAGCAAUCACUCAACCCACAACUCUUCCUCUGGCUCAUCCUAUGCAAGGUGCAUCACAGGGGACCGUAACAAGACUUUUUAACUUCAUGAAGUUUGUUCCGAAUCCUGGAUUCAGACCACUAAGAAACAAAAAAUGA